AUGGGCCUCAAGUCUCUUCUCGUCGCAACCUUGGCUGCCGUUGCUGUUGCAACACCUAUUCCUGAUCCUCUGAACGUGAUUAGGCAGAGUGGGCCUGCUGCAGGACAGGUCAUCACUAAAUGCGUAGCACCUGGCCAAAUUGCCCUCGCCUACGAUGAUGGACCAUCGCAGCUGACCCAGCAACUUGUCAACACCUUGAAUGCAGGCGGUGCCAAGGCAACCUUCUUUGUCACGGGCACACUGUACGGCUGCAUCUACAACCAAAGAAACGCACUCCAAAGCGCAUACAAGUCGGGCCACCAAAUCGCCUCCCACACAUGGACGCACCCGCAAAACUUUGGCUCCCUAUCUUCGAACGACCUGACCAGCCAGAUGUCGCGUCUUGAGCAGGCCCUCGUCAAUAUCAUUGGCGUCAAGCCCACAUACAUGCGGCCCCCUUACCUCGCUACAGGUGGCAAUGUGCUGCCAACUAUGCGCAACCUGGGCUACCGCGUCAUCACGGCUGAUGUGGACAGUGAAGACUGGAACGGCAAGACCCCCCAGCAGAGCCAGCAGAAGUUCCAGCAGGCGGGUACGGGUGGUAACGGACACAUUACCCUCAUGCACGAGACCUACUCUUCCACCGUCAACACAUUGACGCCCUGGUUGAUCAACUGGGCCAAAAACAACGGCCUUAAGCUGGUCACUGUUGCUGAGUGCCUCGGAGACAGUGCGGGUGCGUACAAGAGCGGUACCCCCAACGGUGCAGGCAGCUGCUAG